AUGGAGCCACCGGAGGUGAAGGACUUGAUUCAGGAAAGCAUCUCGCUGACAGUGAAGAAGAUUUCCUUGGACAGGUGUGCAGGUGCGCAGUGGGCGCUCCGCCCCUGGCCCGCCCCUGAUCCCGCCCUACCGACCACGCCCCCCCGGCGGGCGUGGUCAACUAGCCCUCAUAGGGCCGCGGCCCCGCCCAGCAGGGCCACUGGAAACCGGACCAUCCUGAGCGUGUGCAGCCGGCGGCCCCAGCCCGCCAGGACACAGCUGCAGGCUGAUCUGAGGAGGUGGGUCCCCCGGACCAAGGCAGACAGCACCAUGGCCUUCCUGAUUCACCUGCUGGUCUGCAUCUUUGGAACAGGCUCCUGGGUGGCCAUCAAUGGGCUCUGGGUAGAGCUGCCCCUGCUGGUGACUGAGCUGCCCGAAGGCUGGUACCUGCCCUCCUACCUCACGGUGGUCAUCCAGCUGGCCAACGUCGGCCCCUUCCUGGUCACCCUGCUGCAUCACUUCCGCCCCGGCUGCCUUCCGGAGGUGCCUGUCAUCUUCACGGUGCUGAGUGUGGGAACCGUAACCUGCACGCUCUUCGCCUUCCUCUGGAACACGACCUCCUGGGUGCUGGACAGCCACCACAGUGUCGCCUUCCUGGUUCUCACCUUCUUCCUGGCCCUGGUGGACUGCACCUCCUCCGUCACCUUCCUGCCCUUCAUGAGCCAGCUGCCUGCCCGCUACCUCACCACCUUCUUCGUGGGUGAGGGGCUCAGCGGCCUCCUGCCUGCUCUGGUGGCUCUCGCUCAGGGCUCGGGCCUUACCACCUGCGUCAGCGUCACUGACACCACCCCAGGCCCCAUGAUCAACAGAACAUUCGGCAUCACGCAGGUACCCAGCAGGUCCCAGAGCCUUUGCAUCCUUCCAGGUUUAUUCUGA